CCGGAAAUUUGGCAAUCAGAGGGAGAGUUUUGUCAGAACUUACGAGUGAACAAUGAUCAACAGCUAGCGGCUUUGCUGAAAGUGCCCGUCAGACGUUGCUCGUUCGUGACUUGCGCAUCCAUUUUGACUGUCCCAAUUUUCUACAUUUCGACUGAAUCAAAUAUCCAGGGUGCCGGAUUUGCUGCUACAUAGGAGCUCAAAUAAGAUAUACUCUGGCUUGCCCGGAAUGUCGGGUUCCUCUUCUUCGGAUACUCCUUCUUCUUCAUCAUCGUCGUCGUCUUCGGCAAUAAGAGCUUGGAGGACUGCCUUUCUGACUCUCCGGGACGAAACCCUAACGAGCAGCCCUAAAUCGAAGUCAAUAACGCAACUUCUCAAUGAUCUCAUUUUCUCUCAUUCCCGGGCUCUCAUGUCUGCCGCCCCCGACCUUCCUCCUCACGAGGUGACCUCUGAUCUGGUGUUCUUGAUGGAACUGGCUGCAAGUUCUCCAAGCGGCCAAGAUCUUUCACCUAUCUAUGUUCAUGUUUCCUCUUUGGUGCAUGAUAUUUGCAAGCUUCAACGUGUUCCUCUUCAAUUGAAUUCUUCUUCUUGGGUUGUUGUGAUCAACUGUUUCUCCGCUAUGGUGCAAUUCUUCCUCGGCCAAGCUGGUUCCAGACCCCAAUUUUCGUUGGGGCACACUGUGGAAUGCUUGGGCUCCAUAAGAUGUCUGGCCUCCAUCUAUCAGCCGAAAAGUUUGCUAUCAGAUGAUGUCCACUUGGCAAAGUUUCUUCUCGGAGUAUUUGAAAGUUAUCAUGCUCAGUGCCUGUUGUCAACUUGCACAAGCACCAGUGAAAAUGUUGCUGUCUCAACUUGCAAGAGGUUAUCUAAAAGUAGUCAGUUGUGGGAAGUUCCAACAGCCGCAUUUGCUUUGCUCAGUGAAGCAUUCACAAGAAUCGGGUCUUCGUUCCCCACUUAUAUUUGGCAAUCUGCUAUGGAGGUGAUUAGGAAAGUGAUGGACGUCUUACUGUCUCAGAAUUUCCUUGUUGAAGGUGCUCCUGCGACAAGGUUUUAUGCUGCGCUUCUUGGAUGUCUACAUCUGGUUCUUACCAAUGCUAAGGGUUUUCAAAAUGACCAUGUUCCUGCUUUUGUGACAACUUUGCGAAUGUUCUUUACGUAUGGCCUAUCACAACCCUUAUACUCCAGUAGUGCUGGCACACAUAAGAAUGCUGCUAAAUUGAUUUCAGAAGACACUAAGAAAGAAUGUAUUCCGUAUCGCCCUCCUCACCUGCGCAGAAAGGAAAAUGUAAACAUGAAGCAGCUUAAAGCUCAGGAAUUAUCUUGUUGCUCUGAUCAAGAGUCUUUUGCAUUGGAACUUAUUUCAUCAGAUUCAGAUUGCAGUGACAGUGAUGGAUCUGUUAAAGAUAAUGAUACUAUUAAAAGUUCAAAAGUCAGGGCUGCUGCUAUAGUUUGCCUACAAGAUCUUUGUCAAGCUGAUCCCAGAUCGUUUACCACUCAGUGGACUAUGAUUUUGCCAACAACUGACGUACUAGAAUCAAGGAAGUUUGAAGCUACUCUGUUGACUUGCUUGCUGUUUGAUCCUUAUUUGAAGGUACGGAUGGCAUCUGCAUCCACUCUGGCAGUCAUGCUGGAUGGCCCUUCAUCAGUUUUCCUGCAGGUAGCUGAGUACAAAGAGUCCAGCAAGCGGGGGUCGUUUAUGGCCCUGUCAAGCUCACUUGGACUUAUACUUAUGCAACUUCAUACUGGCUUGCUGUACUCAAUCCAGCAAGAAACUCAUAGUAGAUUGCUAGCAUCCCUGUUGAAGAUUCUUGUGCUUUUAAUAUCAGCCACACCGUACUCGAGAAUGCCAGAUGAGUUGUUGCCCAGAAUAAUUACAUCUCUUUUGGCAGGGAUGGAACAUGGGCUCUCUUCCAAGGGCGACCAGAUUGGUUUAUUGGCUGCCUCUAUGAAUUGCUUGAUAGCUGCUCUAUCCACCUCACCUUCAUCACUGGUUGUUAAAAAAAUGCUUGCGGAAGAAAUAGCAAAAGGUGUUUAUGUAGAUAAGAAAGCGUCAGGCGUUCUUUCAACAAUAUUUCGGUUCUCUGAUCGACUGACCAGCCCAUCAAUAUGCUUUGAGGCUCUGCAGGCUCUUAGAGCUGUGAUACACAACUACCCUAGUACAGCACCAGCAUGUUGGGAGCACACCACCAACUUAGUCUCUGAUAUCUUGAGAGCCUCCACUGUAGAAGUGUCCUCGACAAAUUGCCAAGCUGGUGGCGAGUACAAUAUUGGAUUUGUUGGAGAGAAGGUCAUAACCUCAGUCAUCAAGGUUAUGGAUGAAUGCUUACGUGCAAUUUCUGGAUUUAAAGGAACAGAGGAACCUGAUGAAAAAGUAUCGGAUAUGCCUUUUACAAAUGACUGUGUAAGGGAAAAAAAAGUUUCUUCUGCACCAUUGUAUGAAUUAGAGAGUGCUGCAGAUAAUGAAGUUAAAUCAGAAGCAAAUGAAACUGGAAGUGAGCACUGGUCACAGACAAUAGACUGGCUUAUGCCUCAGAUACUACAGCACUAUUCUUCCAUGGUGAGAACUGCAUCAAUCACUUGUUUCGCUGGUAUUACUUCGUUCGUGUUUGGAACUCUCUCAAAGGAGAAGCGGGAUUUUGUCGUACAGUCUUGUAUCAGUGCUGCUGUGCACGACAAAGUUGCUUCAGUUAGGUCAGCUGCUUGUCGAGCAAUUGGCGUGAUUUCUUGUUUUCCAAUGAUUUCUCAUAGUGCAGAGAUCCUUGAUAAAUUCAUCAAUGCUAUUGGAAUGAAUACUAGUGAUCCUCUGGCCUCGGUGAGAAUCGCAGGUUCUUGGGCUUUGGCAAAUAUAUGUGAUUCUCUGCGUCAUUGUGUUGAUGAUUUCCCCCUGAGACAGUCUGCAGGUUCAAACUCCAACUCCAAUGUAGUUGUCUUCCUGAUGGAGUCUGCCUUGCGUCUGACGAAAGACGGAGAUAAGAUAAAGUCGAAUGCUGUGAGGGCUCUUGGGAACCUUUCAAGAUUUGUCCAAUGUAUUGAUACUUGUGGAGGUGAUGAUCGACCAGUGAAAUAUAACAAUUUGUCUGCCAACAAAGAGAGCAUCAGAGGUCAUGGCUCUGGAAGUUCUUGUUAUUGUGCCUCAUCAGGAGAUGCAUGUUUGUUGCAGAGAAUUGUUCAAGCUUUCCUUUCUUGUGUUACUACUGGGAAUGUUAAGGUCCAAUGGAAUGUCUGCCAUGCUAUCAGCAAUCUGUUCUUAAAUGAGUCUUUGAGGCUGCAGGAUAGGGAUUGGGCUCCGUCAGUUUUUAGCAUCCUUCUACUGCUGUUACGUGAUUCUUCUAACUUCAAGAUCAGGAUACAAGCUGCUGCUGCUCUGGCUGUUCCAGCCUCGGUAAUUGAUUAUGGGGAAUCUUUUCCUGAUGUGGUCCAAGGCUUGGAACAUGUGCUGGAGAAUCUAAGUUCAGACCAGAUUUCAGCACCGUCAAGUUUUAAGUAUAGGGUUGCACUAGAGAAACAGGUAACGGCAACCAUGUUGCAUGUCAUUAGCCUUACAUCCAGCGGUGAUCACCAAUCCGUGAAGGAUUUUCUUGUCAAAAAGGGAUCAUAUCUAGAGGAGUGGUUUAAACUUCUAUGCUCCUCCUUAGUGGAGACAAGCUCUCAACUCGAGGAUGAGAAUGCCAUUGCCAGCAGAAAGAAACUGAUGAUAUUCAAGGCAAUCCAAUCUUUGAUUCAAGUGUACGAGAGCAGUAAUCAUCAGGCACUUGCAGAGAAGUUUAAGAAGCUGGAAAGAACAUAGCCAAGGAUUACGGACCUACUGCUGGUUUGUUCGUUGCAUUCCGUCAGUCUGUUGUAUAUUAGUACUUAAUGAUGCUGAUUUCAGCUAGGUGAAGCAAGCUGCAGAGUGUGGUCUCUGAUUUUCUUGGUAACUGCCCAGACUCUGUAUCCAGAUACUGUACUGCUAAGGGACAGUACAGUCGAAGAUGUUAGAUCGUCUCAUCAUCUGGACGAAGGGGUGAUUGGAGAAUAUAAUACGAUCAAUCCAGAAGUAAGAAGAAACUACAUCGAUCUUAGACCGUCUCAUCAUCUGGGUGACGGGAUACUAUAGUCCUUAUUGAAUGCCAUGCCAUGCCUAGCUACAGCGACGACGACCUGCAAUGGGAGGCUUAAGUUAUCAGUGGACAGAUGAUGGUCAGAUUGGUCUCAUUGAGUCGACAGAGUCUAUACAAUUUGGUUCUUCUCCUGCAUUGACUCAAAUUUGUGCUAAUCCUUUUCAGUCGACAUCAUGUUCUUAGCUUUUCGCGACGAGUGAAUAGUAAGGUGAAUCAUCAUUCCUUCAUUGGCCAAGAUGAUCUUCCUUGACCCGAUAGCCUUUUAACAUUACUUGCUGAUGGCGACUUGAUUAGCAUGCUAGUUAGUGUUUGUUAGUACACAUGAUGACAUGAUCGUUUGCCAGUAAUCCUCUUUCUUAUCACUGACUGUUUGUCACGCAAGCGUUUACUGAGGCCCAUAAAGUGAUAAAGCUAUG